GUGAGACUCAAACUCCAGAUGCUUCCAGGGAAAAUGAUCAACACUGUCUACAGUGAUGAGGAAAGGGGAAGCCAAGACAAAGAAAGCAAGGAAGAGACCAUUUUGGCCAUGUUGGGCAUUAUCGGCACUAUUCUUAACUUGCUGGUCAUCAUUUUUGUUUACAUCUACACUACGUUGUAA